AAUUCAGUCACCGGCUGACCGUGCGCGAUAGAUCACAUUCAAAAUUCCGUUUCGAAUGCAUACAAACGUUUACUCACUUCAACUAUUUUUUUUUCUUAAAUUUCUUUUUCAUUAAAUUCAUAUUUAUGCUUUAAAGAUCAGUUUUUAAUUACGUACAAACUUUAACGAGCUUUAAAUAAAGUAAAUUCCGCGGGUAAAUUAAAAAAAAUAAAAUCAAAUAAAUGUGGAAACAUCUGUAGAGGGAUGUUUAAAUGGGGUUGUGUAUGAGUUCAUUAUUGUAAUAAUUGAAAAUUGUGACAUAGAGUGUGUUUUUGACUGAAAACGAAGUAUUUUUAAACAUGAAAUUUAAAUCGAAAAAUUUAAUUUGGAUUAUUUUACUGUCAUUUGCAACAUACGUUGCUAGUGUUCAUACAAAUUGUGAUCGGCCGCCACACUUGGAAAAUGGGUGGACCAAACCAUUAGUGGAAGAUGACAAUGGUGAUUUAGUUUCUGUAACAUAUGUGUGUAAUGAUGGAUUCAUCUUACAAGGCGAAUCAGAACUACUUUGCAAUCUGGACACAGACGAAUGGCAAGGUGAACCGCCCACAUGUAAUUCAGAUCAAACGUCUACCGAACGGAAUAGCAAAAAAAUUAACAUCCACGACAUACCAGAAGAUACAUCAAUCGACAGCGAAUUUGCUAAAUCAUUGGACCGAUCAUGUUUCAUCGAACCUCGUAUCAUGCCACCCGAAAUUGAAAAUGCUGUCGUUAGAAAUUUGCGACGACAAAAAGACGGCCGAAUAUUCCCAGUGGCUGUUUACACAUGCGAUGAAGAUUAUGAGCUCGAAAGCGUAGACAAUGAUCGAUUGUAUUGCAGUAAACGUAAAUGGAUUGGAAUAUAUCCAAAUUGUAUGCAGUUGGAAGAAACGUACGAUGAAAAUGGUGAAGAGGAGGAAGAAGAAGACGAAGAUUACGAUGAUAACAACGGUGACGAAGAUGAUGGCGAUGAAGGUGAAGAGGAAGAUGCAGAAGAGGAUGAAACGGAAGACGGUAAUGAAGACACCGAGGACAGACCGGAUGAAAUUGACAAUGACAUCAAUAACAAUGAAAUCGAUAACAACGAAAUCGAUAACAAUGAAAUCGAUAACAAUGAAAUCGAUAACAACGAAAUCAACGAAAUUGAAGGAACACACAAAGAUGAUCGAGACAAGCCAGAAACCGAUCCGUCGACAGUGACCUGUUCCGAUAAUCAAGGUGGAUGUGAUCAUAAAUGUAAUGUAAUCGACAAUCGAAUACAAUGCGAAUGUUUUGCUGGCUUCAAAUUGGACGUGGAUGAUGGCAGAACGUGUCACGAUAUUAAUGAAUGCGAUAACGAUAAUGGUGGCUGCGAAUCAAUCUGCAUUAAUCAACCCGGCUCAUUCAAGUGCGAUUGUGAAAAAGGUUUGCAAAUUGAUACAGUCGGCCGAACAAAAUGUUUGGACAUAAAUGAAUGUCUUUUGCGUAACGGUCAUGGUCCAUGUCAAGAUACUUGUGUAAAUACAUUUGGUGGUUAUCGAUGCUCGUGUGAGAAUUUGCCGGGUACCAAGUUGGCAAAAAAUGGUCGAAACUGUGAAGAUGCUGGUAAAUGUGCUAUCCGAAACGGUGGAUGUUCACAGGGAUGUGUAUCAGCUGCUGGAAGAAUUUAUUGCUUAUGUGAAAGGGGAUAUUAUUUAGAGAGCGAUAGGAAAACAUGUCAAGACAUUGAUGAAUGUGCCGAUCCCGAAAUUAGCGCUCAGUGUCGACAUGGAUGCGAAAACACCCCAGGUUCUUAUCGUUGCAAAGAAGACACGACCAUAGCUCCACCAAGCAACAUAAUUGAGGGCGAAGAAGACAAUAACGUUGAAAGUUCAAAUGUACUGGAGGCAGAAGAUGUACAUGAAAACGAAAUCAAUAUUUCGCUAGAUGAAGACGAACGUGAAGAUAAUGAAGACGAUGAUGAAAAUGAAGACGAAAAUGAUAGGGACGAUAAUAACGAACAGGACAAUGAAAUCUACGACCAAAAUAUAUUGAAGACUUGCGGUGAUGGAUACGAACUGGACGAAAAUAAUCGUUGUGUGGAUAUUGACGAAUGUGCACAAGGAAACACCGGUUGUGAGUUCUGUAAAAAUGUGAACGGCGGGUUUGAAUGUUUCUGUCCCGACGGUUUCGAUAUUGCUGACGACGAACGAACUUGUCUGGAUAUAGAUGAAUGUGAAAUGGAAUCUGACUACGAUGUUACUGACGAUCAAGAAACCUAUGCUCAGUCCCCAUGUUCACAUGAAUGCGUCAAUACUCAUGGAUCGUACUUGUGUCUAUGUCCUGAUAAUUUCCAUCUGCAGUACGAUCAUCGCACUUGUAUUCGAGAUUUCUGUGAACAUUUGACCGAUGAACUCAAUAAAACAAAAUGUUCCCAUCAAUGUCAUGACGAAAAAGAUGGCUAUGUGUGUAGCUGCCCGCCAGGUCUUCAGCUGGACACUGACUCAAAAACGUGUCUCGUUAAUAACAACCAAUGUGAACAGGAGAAUCAUUGUUCACCAGGGGUUUGCAUCAACACAAACGACGGCUAUAGAUGCGAGUGUCCAUCGGGAUACAUUGAAAAGGCGAAACGUUGCCAUGACGAAAACGAAUGCGAAAUAGGAAAUCAUCACUGUUCUCAUGAAUGUAGGAAUUUGGACGGUUCGUACGAAUGCCACUGUCCGAGUGGAUACAUUUUAGCAGCAGAUCGAAGAACAUGUCAGGAUGUGGACGAGUGCGAACGCGAUGAUGAAGGAGACCUGUGUGGAGAUAUGGAUUGUAUUAACACCGUCGGCAGUUAUAAAUGUCAAUGUCCUGAGGGAGAAGAGUUAAUAACGGUCGAAAGUGGAUCGAUUUGCCGUGAAAUCGAUUUGUGUGAUUCGGAGACCAACGGAGGAUGUUCACACGGAUGUAAGACGGAACAAAGCGAAGUACAGUGCUAUUGCCCAGACGGAAUGAAACUGCAUGCCGAUGGGAAACAUUGUGAAAUCAGGGACCACUGCCAGCCAUUAUCGAAGCCGAAAAAUGGAGAGAUCAAAUGCUUCCGGUCUAGACAUAGGACACAACUGUUUUACAAAACGAAAUGCACAAUAACAUGCCAGCCAGGUUUCGUAUUAAUUGGUGAUGAGUUUCGUCAAUGCAACGGAACAGGUCAUUGGGACCAGGGAAGCUCAAUCUGUGCUCCAAAAUUAUGUCCUCGCCUUCAAAGACCCAGUCAUGGCACAUUAACACCUGCAAAUUGUAUGACAGGGGACACGUUCUCCGGGCAACGCUGUGUGUUACAUUGUGAUCCAGGCUUUAAACCAAUUGAUCGACGUACAGCAUUCUGUGAACCUCCGAAAAACUGGCUGCCGAAUCCAAAUUUAAAUUGUAUGCCAGCGGUAGCAAAAUUGGAAAUGAUAAGGCCGUACAUCAAAUGUCCUCAAGAUUCGAUUAUCUUAUUACCGCACGGCAAGAAGACCAUUCAUGUUAAAUUGCAACAACCAAAUACAAACGUUGAUUGGUGGAAAUAUGUGGACUCACAUCCUCCUUGGGGAAAGAAAUUGGAAGCACAUUUAACGCCUGGAAUUCACACAAUUUUGUUCAAAGCCAGAAGUCCGAAUUCGAAUUUGAAUGAUGUGUGUCGAACAAUCAUCACGGUAAAAGAAACGCAUCCACCCACCGUAGUAUUUUGUCCAGAAUCAACAGUGGAACAUCUUCAACCGAAUGAAGAUUCGCGCAGCAUUUACUUCAAAGAGCCAGUGUUUAAGAGUGAACACAUCAAAGAGGUUUACAAGUCUAAGUUGCCGGGUGAAAAGUUUGGACCUGGCGAACAUGUCAUCAGAUAUGUAGCGACCGAUUUGGACGAUCAAAGCACGAAAUGUGAAUUUACGAUAUCAGUGAAACCUUACUAUCGACGAAUUAUUCAUCACAACGAGGUCAUCAAAGCUAAACCACUAGCAAACCAUGAGUCAUAUGUUAAGUGUCCCGGCAAACCGGCCGUUAAAAUAGAUACCAAUUUCCCAAUAAACUUAUCUCGAGGCUGUUUGAUUAAAAAUAUCAGAAUUCCGGCAUACAGUCACAUUCGCCGACGACAUCAUCCAUCAAGCAGUAAUAGCGUACUACGACAUUACUCAUCAUGGGACAAUCCGGAUAAACCGGCAUCAUUUAUUCAUCAGUAUCGGAGAGGUUGGGAUUAAAAAUAAAAAUUCCGUAUACAAUUGAGACGCAAUGGCGCAACGACGAUGGUAAAAGAUUGAUGUUUUAUAUAUUAUAUACGGGUACACGUAAUGUAUCGUUGGAUGUAUACUAAAUUACUAAAUGAAAAUGAAUAAAUAAAUUCGGCCAGGAAUCAGUGAAAGGAAAAGCCAGACACAAAUUAUUUUAUUUUUUUAUUAUUUCAAUUGUGUAGUUUUUAUUUGAAUUUCUUUUUGUAAUUUUACUAAAAUUAUUUACAUUUAAUUUUCCUAAUGAACUAUCACUUACAUUUAUCUUAAAUGCUACGAAUGAAUAAAUUAAUUUUUACUUAAUUAAAUAGCAAA